AUGGCCUUUGCGUGCGAUACCGAAUUUUCUGAUGGUGGGUUCUUUGACCUCGAGUAUGGUAAAAUGGUGAUGAGUGGAUGGCUUGCAUAUCUUCCCUGGAAUGAGUGUACAUCACCCAUGAGAGGCAUUGAUUAUACCACAUAUUACCGCAGCCACCAUGAGAGAUUGAUGACUGAAGCUUCGUACAUGCAAAAUGAAAUUGGUGCUGAUAGUCUGAUAGGUAGUGUAGUGUUGGCAAUGUAG